CAGGCUGCAAGAUAACUGUUGGAGACUCUGGUCGGCUGCUACAAUGGACGCUAAUGGCGACUUCCUGCAUAAUUAAUCCAGCAAAGAUAGCAUGAGUGUUUAAAUUUGUCCGCAGCAUCAGUGCGUGUUCGACCAUGGAGUGCAGCAUUUAUUGUCAGAUCUGCUGCACCACAUUUGUGAGGAUAUAUUGUUUUAAGCAACAUCUGUCUUCAGAAAAACAUCGACUGAUGACUCAAGAUGUUUUCCCAAAAGCAACCAUGUGCUUCACUGGCCUCAUACCUGAGAUUGUUUUUAUGCAUCCGAAAAAACGACUUGAUCUUAAUCAACCUGUUGUUGGCCUGUCUGUGAUCACUCUCUGCUUCAGUCCAAUUCCUGCUCUAGAUUUUUACCUCUGUCAUCUCUGUGAGACUAAGUGCAACAACAUUUUAGGCCACAUCUUUUCACAAGAACAUUGCUUCAACUACUGUGUCUACACAAACCCAGAUGACGUGAGUUUCUCCUGGAGACCCGACAUGGACAUGAAGGGCAUUCUUGGGUAUAAGCUCAAGAGGGAAAGCAGUAAACCUGAGAAUCAGAAUUUGCAGGUAUUGCAUUUACCCCAAGUUCUCCUUGAGACAACGAAGUCCUCAACCUACUCAGAAGUGAUGCAAGCUUUAGGUGAAAAUGACAAGCUUGUUGAGAGGUUUGAAGCUAUGCACCAAAGGAGGGUGACUCUCCAGGAUUACAACAGCAACAACUACAGGAAACAUCCUCUUCUUGGACUGCAGCACAUUGUUGAAUGUGCUAGUGUUAAGCCAGGAGAGAAGAAAUACAACCUCUGCACAUUGUGCUGCCUUGUGAUCCCCAACCACAUGAUCAUCAAACACAUACUGAGCUUUGACCACAUUAGCUGCUAUUUUAAAACAUGGUAUCCCUCCACACUGAUCUCAAAGCCCUGCAAGGAUUAUGACACCUUUGAUAAUCUUAUACUUGACUUUGCAAAUCAGGCUGUGAAACUUCAAGCUGCUGAACAUUUUUCUAUGAAGCAAGUGAGCCUUCAGCCCGAUGAGUUCAAGUUGGUGAAUUUCAAGUCCUAUCCACAAGCUUUGAACAGCCUGGAAUCCAUCACAAAGAGCAGCUUAACAAUAAGCGUUAAACCAGGAAAAAAGCUUGAGCAUCAUCCUGUCUCUACUCUAUCAACUGAGAAAGUCAAAUGCCUGCUGCGCUGCCAGAAUUGCAGUAAUGAUUUCAACACUAUCGGCCAGUAUUUAAACCAUCUAGUAAAAGUGAGACACAUUGAGAUGAUGCAGAAAUUUAAUGGGGAAGAUAUGAGAGGACAUCGCUAUGGCCAACGAGGAAGGUUUCACAUGGAGCUGUAUACAUACAUCGGUGACAGUUUGAGGUCAAAUCAGCCACCCAUUGGAACAGCACUGAUUGUGACGUGCAUCACCUCAUGUUCUCAUGCAGAUCCUCUUUAUCUGUGCUUUGCUUGUAAUGAGGCCUUUCCUCAGUCCAUCCUCAGGGAUCAUGUAGACUCCCGAAAACAUCUCAUAAGCACUCAGACGUACCAGAAUCCCUGGAAGCUGCCUUUUGGUUGGGAUGGUGAUCUGGAUGACAAGGUGCUGAGGAUGACCGCAUGGAAAGAUGAGGAGGAACAUAGAAGAAAUAGGGUCUUUCUGAAGGUUUUUGAUGUUCCAUACUCAAUAUUUUUGAGACUUGAUCCUUCUGAUUUCCAACAAGUAUUGGACACCCUUGGACACCACUGCUUGAUACAUAAAGUUCCAAUGUGGAAAACGCACACCGAACUUCAACAGAACAAAACGUUUCCCUUGCUUGGCCUACAGUUCCUCAUUGCGCACAAACUGAUGGUCAGACCAAACAAGCUGGUGGUGGGAUUUUUGUGUUUGCUCUGUGAAAGGAGGCUGUUCAAAGAGGAAACUGAAGCACACGUCUUCAGUCGGGAACAUGUAUCAAAAUUCCUGGACUGUUUUCAUCCGGGCUCACUGAAUUCCUUCACCGUCGACACAGAGACACUUCUGGACUUGGCAAAGCAGGCUGCACAGGUUCACCCUGUGUCAAACGUGCAGGAAAUUGACUUGGAUAAACCAAUCUGGGAGCCAUGUACCUACAAAAAAGCAAAAAUGAUCCUGUCUGCUGCAAAUUGGAGAAAAGGAAAUGGCCAGUGUUUUCCCACAAUUAAGCCAAUGCGGAAACUGGUUCCCAGGAUCCCUCCAAAAGAUGCCAAGAAACAUCAUGAAACAGGCAGCCAGAAAAGCUGCCCUGUCAUUGACACGAAAGAUGUACAAAAUAAAAAACAGAGGAGUGAAAAGGAGACAUCUUCGAGAGAAACUAAAGUCGCUGGCGAAAAAGAAGAAUCUCAAAAAAUGUGUCCUGAGGAUUUAAAAAAUGAAGGUGAGACAGACCUGCCAGUAACGUUGAAGACAGAGGAGUCCAUGAUUGAAAAACCAAAGGAGGUUGCACAGAGCCACGAACAUACUGAAAAGAACAAUGAUGCACUGACUGAACAAGAAGGGAGCUCAAGUAUCGAACAGGAAACAACUCAACUGAAAGACUAUCAACAAAAAAGUGAGACAGAAAAUGGGUCAAGUACAUCUGAAAAAUCCCCAAAUGAAACAAGUCAAAAUGGAGGCAAAAUGAGCCCGAAAAGACAGCCGCUCACCUCCAAAGAGGAUUUGUGUUCCAAAGAAUCCACAGAAAUAUCAACUAAUUGCAAAAAAGUGGAAAACACAGAUACAACUGACGGGGAAGAGAAGCACAAGGAGGUUAUGGAUAGAGUGUUAAAAACGUGUGUCGAAUGGCGCUGUGGUGAACUGGAGUCGAUCUUCCUCUGUGGGCACUGCUUGCUGAAGAUCCCAAAGAAGGAUAUCAACAGUCAUCUAGAAGGAGCUCACCACCCGAAGAUGUGUAGACUGGUGGUACAUCUUGAAGAAGAAAUGUACGGUCAAAUCUCAAAUAAAAGCUUCCAGUCAGCAUCUCUUCAAGACUUCCUCUACAAAGUGAUACAAAAGACGGUGAGACCAGACCAUUGGUUCAACAGUGGGUCGUCUCUCAGGUCCUCUGCUCAGGCCUGUGUCACGCCUAACGUUUCAGCAGCACCUCGCAGCAAACAGAAAGUCAAGGAAAAGGUGGUGUAUAAUUCAGAAGAGGGUGGCGCAGCUCCAGACGCAUCUGAAAUGACUGCAGCCAAGUGCAGACCGGACCACGGGACAUCAUCCGACACCGAGAACGCCCACACUUGUUCACCUGCUUCAAGAAGUAACAAAGAGCCCACAGAAGAGAAAAACAAUGCUGGUUCAUGUUCUCAAAGCACAAAAAAUAAAUGCAAAGCAGAUGUUUUUCCAAACAAAAAUAGAUCACUAAGGAUAAAAGCAGCUACUAAAUCUGAAGAACUGGGAGCCGUUCUUUCUACCUGUUCAACGAACAAAUCUACAACAUCUUCUCACAGACUGACAGAAACCGCUUCCGCCACUUCAAAAACAUCCACUCCAACAUCUCCAACAUCUUCCAUGUCACCAAGAAGUAAGAGUGUCACAGCAUCUGAAAAAGCAUGCAACACAGCACCAUCAUCUGACACAGGAUCUACAGGGACACAUAAACCUGAGCGUCCUUCCAAAUGUGCUAAAACAGAAUCCAGAGGCCCAACAGUACCAGAGACUAGGAGAACAUCUUCUGCCACUUCUAAAACAGCUAAAUCACAAGUCAAAAACAUGAAUACUGAAGCAUCUGCGAAGAUAUUGACAGGGGCAAACCCAGAUCCUGAAACAGCUGCUCAUAAAAGGAAACUGCCAGAUGUUCCUCAAAAGUACCCAGAAGAAAUCAAGAAGCCACGGAAAGACCCGCCUCAUGUUCCUCCAAACAAGACGACACUGAGUGGAAACCUUCCUAAAGUUGGAUUAAACCAGCUGAUUGUGGUGUCCUGUGAAAGAAAGCAGCAGGUCUACUGUCUGCUUUGUUCAGUCAAACUGAAUUUGUCCAGUCAGUUUCAUCUGACCAGCUCUGUCCACCAGUACAAAUAUGUGAAAAUGAAAUAUCCCGAAUGGUCUUCAAAGGAGCUGGAGAAACAGUUAAACCACGCCGUACCUCUUUUGGCAGAAGUUGAGAAAACCCUGCCUCACACGCGGAGCGCUCAGAAAUUGGAGGUGGAGAAGAAUGAAUAUCAAAAGUUGGGAAUUCUUGCAGACAGCUUGGCUGUAGAAAGAGUGAAAGCACUGGUGAAACAAAGAGACCAACAGGCCUCAUCAUCGCCUACAGUUGAUAGCUCAGAGCAUCCUUGUCAUGAUGUUUCCAGUCCAUGUGACAUUUCAAGCUCAGGGAUCCCAGCGUUUAAUGAGGAGAUGUCUGACUAUGCAGAUAUUAACCAACCUGAACAAGAGAACAAACAUCAACAGCAGCCAAGCCUGGACCAAGUGUCAGAUAUGGAGUGCAUUUAUGAAGAUCCAACUGUGGCUGCAGGUCAGUCAGUUGGAGGCAAGAGCUUGGAUGAGGAAGACAUGCAAGUGGAUGAUGGGAUUCGAGAUGAACCUGACACUUUCCUGAAAACUGAUCCACAACAACUCUUAGAUCAGUGGAUGGAAGCUGAAGACUUGGCAGAUGUAGUGCAAGAGGAGCUGAUUUCAGAUGCAGAGUCUCUACUUCCUGUUGAAGUUACACCUGCUCUUCAAAGUUCUGAAUCAGAGACCAUCCUGAAGAGUGCAGAAAAGGUACGAGCAGCUGAUUCAUGGAGACACCAGGGCUCAUGCGGUGAAGACGCAGAUGACCACAAUCUGAUUCAGGACCACCGACAAUCAAUGAGCUGCAAUGAAAUUAAUCAAGAUCCAAGCAGUAAAUCUGAAGAUGUAGCAGAAACUCCCCUGCUGCAUCAGUUUAAAGCGCAUGACAAUCGGUCUUAUCGUAAAACACUUUUGAAGGAUGACAUGGAACAACAACAUUGGGAGAGUAAUCCAGCUUCCCAGGAGUCACAGAAAGCUGUUGAAUGUGCAAAGAAAGUAUCAUCUGAAAAAGUCUCCAGUUUUGGGAUGGAAGUUGCCGCAGGACAGCAGAACCAAGCAGGAUUGAGCCACAAAGGCGAACCAGCUCCAAAACUUUGCACACAAUUUGAAGAGCACAGUGCUUCCAAGCUAAAGUCCACUACUUCGUUAGGGAGAAAAGCUCGAGAAUCCAGUCGUUUGUCCAUUUACUUGAAAGCAAGUCGACAGGAUCUUGGGCAGGUUACUGGAAUGGACUCUGUGUGGGAGUGUCAAGGUAUCCGUCUGAAAACCUUCUUCCUGUGUGAAAUCUGUGAGAAGAUGCUCUCAACUCAAGACAUCUGUCAGCAUAUGGUCAGCCUUGACCACCAGCUCAGAUACUUGAGGAGGGAGGACCCAAGGUUCCUGGAGAUGUUUUGGCUGAAGGAUGAUCUCCCUUCAGAUUUUAAAAUGGUAGUUUUAAAGGAAGUUGUCCAAGAGCUCUCGAAGCGGGAGCAAUUCCAUAAAGUGGACGCACAGUGUAUAUUGCUGGGAUCCGAGUUGCAUGAAUUUGUCCGAACGUCUCCUUUCAGUGAAGCAUUAGAAAUUGUGAAAAACAUCACAAAUGAAGAUAAACAAACCUUUUACCUCCCUACCACCGCGGGCCAUCAGAAGAGUGAGUUUCACCAGAACGGGCAGCAGACUGCAGACCUGCAGAGCAUACAAGACUGUCUUCCUACAGAGACCCUGUCAGCUCAAGCACCAGAGAAAAACCAGAAGAGUGAAACGGCUGGUCAGAAUCCAGAAAAAUCCCAUGCUAAAGAGGCAUCUCUGACUGAAGGUUCAAAUGUUGUCGGAAGUGGAAGAACCUCAAUGAUGGACGUGAACUCUUCUUCAACAAAAACUGACCAUGUGGUCUUUCCAGACGCAAUUGUUGGUGCAAAUGUUUCCCACUUAGAACCUUGCAGUACCCCAGCUCAGCAGCAAGAAGUCAAAAAAGCCAUCAGUCAGCUCAAACAAAACCCAUGUCCUAUGGAAGUGACAUCUUCUAACCCAAAAGUGUAUCCAGUUGUUCCUUUGAGCUCUACUCCUGGAGUUGAUCUCCAUCAAGAGCCCUGCAGUAGUUCCCUACAGUCACACUACAAAUCGCCUGUCUCUCAGCUUGAAGAAACCAUUAGCCCACUGGAUUUGAAUGCUUCUUACUCAAAGGCUAAUCCUGUUGUUCCUUUGGGUUCUCUAAAACCCAGUCAGGAGACUUGUGGUGGCCCUCCUCUGCAGCCAGAAUUCAAACCGGCAGUCUCUCGGCUCAGACGAAACUCAAGCUCUGCUGAUGUGAACUCCUCUAACUCAGUAGCUGAUCUGGUUUCUUCAUGCUCAGUAAAUCCCAGUCAGCAGACCUGCAGUAUUUCUACACAGCAUUCACAGUUUACACUAGCUGUACCUCAGCUUCAAAGCUCUGAUCUGGCACAGGUGUCGGAAUCGAUAUCUAAUGCCAGUCCCAACUUGAAUGAGUCCAGAAGAGACAAGCUCCCUCCAACUAAGGCGAGACCAGCUGAUGUGUUGAUGGAAACCUUGUUCACAACAAGCAGCUCACUGAAAGACCUCAUGCCAGCCAAAUGUAUACCAGUGCCAACGACACAUGAGACUGGAUCCAGCUUCCAGUCAGCUUUAGUGUCUUCUUCAGUUAACCCUGUGAAAGGUGAACGCUCUUCGUCUUUGAAGGCUCUGGCUCCACCAGACUGGAAAUUAGUUUCAAACCUAAUCUCUGUGUUAAAACAAAAUAAUUAUAGUCGGUCAGCUUCAAAUAAUGCUGAAAGUAGAGACUCUAUGAAGGUCAGCUGUCCACUUGGUGAACCUAAAGACAGUGCUUCAGUUCCCACUGCUGACGUCAGCGACCCACAGCGGUUACAAAUUAAUGUUCCUCAGGAAGUCUGUAGAAUUGUAAGAAACCCAGAACCCAAUGAGACUGGAAUCGGUCAACUGCCCAUUGACACCAUCAUAACUGCCAGGUCAAACCACAGUAAGCAGACCUGUAAGGGACAGACUCGCACUGAUGUGAACAAUCACCACCUGGUCAGUUUCCUCUCUGAUCCAACACCAAGCCCGACUGACUACAUGGCAGCUUCAGGAGGCGGCAACCCAUACACCCAAGCUCCUUAUCUCCCAAGUGGACAUUUAGGCUCUGAUCUAACACAGGGCCACUUUCCCCUCAGUACCGUAAGCAUUUAUCAGGAGUGUAUCUAUCCAAGCCAGAUUUACCCAGAACAGGCAGUGAACCCCGUCAGCCUGCAUUCAUUUGGAUACAGUUUAACUGCACAGAUGCCUCCAGUUUGGGGGAACAUGGAGAGGCAGCAGUACUACUCCAUGAUGAGGAGGCCACAAAGUGACCCGUAACUUUGUCCAUUUCUGUCCAUAAUAUUUUGUUUACAUGCUGACCGAUCUUUCUCAGCUAAAUUGUUUUUCUUUCUUUUUUUUACUAUACCACAAGCAGCGUUCUGUAUAAAGAGAAUCUGAUUUCACAUUGUGGAGUCAGUGUUGGUUGUGUUGUUUAAACAUGUACAUGUUUAUUUUCUAACCUGUGUCAGAGGCCACAUGGUCGCGUGUUCUAGUUUAAUAUGUUUAAGUGAGCACAUUAUGAAGAGUUUUUCCAACUUGAAAAUAGCAGUAAGCUACUGUAGUUAAUUUUUUUUGCUGCAUUUUUAUAUUGAUGUUUUUUAUUUUUUUUAUAAACAAAUGUGCAAAUGUCUGGUUAGAUACUCAAUAUGUUUUAUUUAUUGAACAAAAUGUGUUUGUGAGACGUUGAAAACUGUGAUCAAUAGGGAAAAUAAAAUAUUAUGAAAAUGCUAAA